UGGGAGGAAAGAGCAGUUUAAUGAAACGGGAUUAAACUGGGGUAAAGACAUUUAUAUAAAGUGGAGUUUAACGGGUAGAAACGAUAAGUGGGUAAAUUAUCGGGCUGGUGCGGUGCAGCCCAACCUGAAUGUAACUACACUGAUGAAAAGUGCUCUUAGUUGAGAUUAAUUAAUUCUCUUAGCCAAUUCACAUGAACUCAUGGACUUCCCUGAAUUUAAGAGGAGAAACAAGAAGAAAAAGAGAUGCAGAGCCACGGACGGCUUCAGCAGACGAUUUGAAGAUGUUUACAGACUCCAGGACGAGGUUUUGGGAGAAGGAGCGUACGCGGUGGUGCAGACGUGUGUCAGUCUGAGCACGAGGAAAGAGUAUGCAGUGAAGAUUAUUGAGAAGAGGCCGGGACUGAGACGAAGUCGUGUUUUUAGAGAGGUGGAGAUUCUCUAUCAAUGCCAAGGCCACAGAAACAUUCUGGAGCUGGUAGAGUUUUUUGAAGAAGAUGACAGAUUCUACUUGGUGUUUGAGAAGCUCAGAGGAGGUUCAGUGUUGACUCACAUCCACAGAAGGCAGCGUUUUAGUGAACAGGAAGUCAGCGGUGUGGUGCAGGACAUCGCCAGCGCUUUGCACUUCCUGCACAGUAAAGGAAUGGCGCAUAGAGAUCUGAAGCCAGAGAAUAUCCUCUGUGAGUACAGUGACAGGAUGUGUCCAGCGAAGAUCUGUGAUUUUGACCUGGGCAGUGGGAUGAAGCUGAGCAGUGACAGUAACCUGAUCUCCAGUCCACAGCUACUCACUCCGUGUGGCUCGGCGGAGUACAUGGCCCCCGAGGUGGUGGAGGCGUUUAACGAGGAGGUCAGUGUUUAUGAUAAACGCUGUGAUCUGUGGAGUCUCGGCGUCGUCCUCUACAUCCUGCUCUGUGGAUCUCCUCCGUUCACGGGUCACUGCGGGACCGGGUGUGGCUGGGAUCAGGGGCAGCCAUGCCACGACUGCCAGAGCAUGCUGUUCGAGAGCAUUCAGGAAGGAAAGUACGGGUUUCCCGAGAAGGACUGGGCUCAUGUCUCUGCUGAGGCCAAAGAUCUCGUUUCCAAACUGUUAGUGCGCGACGCUAAACAGCGGCUCAGUGCGGAGCAGGUCCUGCAGCACCCAUGGGUACAGGAGCGUGCUCAAUACACAACACCCACACUACGUUCACGGGGGUCGAGUGUCCAGGACCUUACGUUCUUCGCCGCUCAGGUGGUGGCCGUGAACCGUCAGCUGGUCCAGCAGGAAGUGAAGGAGGAGUUGGAGGAGAAGGACAGGAACUCGUUUGGCGUUCGUUCCUCCCUGCUCCGCUCUGCAUCUCCGAGCUCGCUGUCGCUGUCUCUGUCUCGCCUCUCCAGAUCGCGGCUGGCUCAGCGGCGCAGGGAGAGCAGCCGUCACCUCCUCGGCCCUCUGCUCAUGGUCGGAGGUGGCACCUAACACCCCUUCAUGACCACGUCAGUGUGUUUAACACCUCGACUAUCAGUCGAUUCGGAGCAGAAUCAAACGCAUUGCUGUGGGAUUCUGUACAAAUUUAGCACUAUGGGAAAGUACAGAAACCUCAAACUGCCCCAGAAGCACGGACUUCGUAAGCUGCAGAAAUGAGCAAUAAUAAUGCUUCCUGAUGAAAUGCUCUGAAGAUUCGCUUAGCCUUAACACACACGCGCACACACACACACACAGAGAGAGCACUACAGUGGCUCUUAAUCCCAGAAAAAUAUCAGAUUGUCUCCUGGUUUAUUUAGGACACUUUCUUUUUCUUUUUCUUUUUUUUUUUUUUUAAAAACACUUUUUACACAUUUAACAACCUUUUUUCUUAAUAUUAAUAUUAAGAAAAGGAAAAAAGUGAUAUAUAUUUUUUUUCCCCUUUGGAUUGUGCUCUAAACUUUCUGACUUUGGAUUGGAUAGAGCAGAAACUAUUUUUAAAAUAUUUCAUAUUUUUUAAAUAUUUAUUUUUUUUAAAAUUAACAUUAUUUUUGCCCUUUAAUGAUUCGGAUUCUUUUGACAAAUUCACAGGCUUUUUUUCCCCGUUUGCUUUUAAACGUCCAUCCUGUUCCACAUUACUGUUUCAUUAGUAUUUUUUUUUCUCCUCUCUCUAGUCUGAUAGAAACACAAACUUUCAUCCACAGUAUCACUUUAUAAUGUUUUUCAUCUUAAGGUUCAGGUUAAGCUUAAGGACGCUGUUCCAGAUAUUUAUUUGUCGUACAGAAUUUCAUUCUUUGCCAUUUUUAUCACACUGAACACGAUAAAUGUGAAUCACACGUGAAUUUAAGCUGUAUAGCAAGACUCUUAAUUAUUUUUUGAAUUUAAAUGGUGUGUGUUCAUGCAGUUUUAUAGAGAACAUUUUUUUUUAUUAUUCUGGGAGAGACUUUUUUCCUCUUGCUUUUAUUUAUAUCUUUUUUUUUUUGGUAAGAAUUGAAUUUCAUGCUCCACUGUAUAUCUUGAUACAACAUUUAUUUAAGGGACUAAUUUAUUGUUGUAUUUAUGUAUUUUUGCGUAAAACAUGAUUUUGUGCAGUGAUGCGUUAAAUAAAGAGCAUGAACAAUUCAAA